AAGCAUACUGGUACUGUACUAAAGGGAACUUUGAACUUUUGGGUGUGAUCUGGCCACCACGGUAGUUUUUGUAUGGUAUCUGGCCAGCUGGACGGAAGCUGGCCACCACGCACGGUGUUUUAAUAAACGGCAACUGGCCGCCACGGUUAUUUUUGCAAGAUUUUACUCGGUAACGGUUUUUCAGGCGGAAACGAUUCCGCCGGUAAUGCCAUUUGGCAGUAAUUGGUUUGGCGGUAGACGGUAAUGCGUUUUUUUGCGGCAACGGUUUUGGCGGAGGGGGUAGACUAGAUUAAACAGAAACUUGGCGGCCGCAAGUGUUAUCCCCACUCCUCAUCGUGUGACCAGCUCCUCACCCACCCACACGCCUACGCCCGAUGGUAACCGCGAAAGGGGAUGACGAGGGAGAUAGAGCCCGCGACGCUACUGCUGUGGGGCUGGAUGGGCUGCUGUCCUGGUUUGUUGAGCACGGUGGAUCCAUGACCAAGCUGUGCCUGCAAGACCUCGGGGGGGAAAUGAGCCUCAGCUUUUUGACUGGGGAGGCCCUGAGCAAGGGGGAGGUUGUCAUGUCCAUCCCAAUUUCGUUGUGCAUGACGGUAGACUCGGCCGCGGCAUCGGAGCUUGGAGUAGUGCUGGAUGCAAACCCGGGUUUAGUGGAAACUCCUGAUGAGGUCCUGGCCCUGCACCUCAUGGCCGAGAGAAGAAAGGGCGACGGGUCCUUCUGGAAACUGUACCUACGAACCCUCCCAGACGACGUGGACACGCCUCUACGGUGGCUGGUGGAACGGGCGGAGGAGGAGUUCCGAUUGCUGGAAGGCACCAUGGUCGGGCUGUUGUCGAGAAUGAUGCACUCUCAGGUACGGAAGGACUGGGAAGAAUUGCACCUGCCGUUGGUGGAAGCACAUCCGGAGAUCCUCGGCGGGGUAACUUUCGAGGACUACUUGUGGGCUAUGUCCUCGAUAUGGAGCCGCUCUUUCGACUAUCAAGAGCCAGGGUCGGAUGGUUCUUCUUGCAGCCGUAGGGCGAUGGUGCCAGUAAUCAAUGCGGCCAACCACGAUCCUUCGGCCGCGGGCUCUCUGUCGGAGAUUAUUGAGUUCCAGGCGCAAGAAGGCGGCCUUUCCAUCGGCACCGGGGACCGGGGAGGGGCCGGAGGGACGCUUCGCGUCUCCGCAGGCAGAGACUACGCCGCUCGAGAGCAGUUUUUCAUCCUCUACGGCCGCUACUCGAACGCGAAACUGCUCUACAGGCACGAACACUCAAGGCGGACGGGAAUCGAUCUUGCUUUGCGCUUCUACGGCUUCGUGUUGGCGAGCAAUCCUUACGGCGCCUUGGACUACUGGGUGAGGGUGCCGCCGACAGACCCGGGUUUCCCGUGGAAGCAGGCUUUGUUGGACGAGCACGCGCUCACGGCGGCGCAGGCGUAUGACUUUUCGGGAACCGUGCGAGCGGGAGGAUGGAUCUCGCCGGCGUUACUUGCCACCGUGCGCGUGGCGCAACUCACCGCCGACGAAAGGCCGGUGGCUGAGAAAGCGUUGGAAGGGAAGAUGGUGACUCCUAGGAAUGAGGCGGCUAGCUUGGGGGCCCUGCUAGCCGGACUUCGGCGAAAGCUAAUCACUCUAGGGGGCACCGCCGAUGAGAGAAGCCCGUCAGGUUGGGAGAAGGAAAAGCAAGAUAUCGCUGCGCUCGAAGGUGAGCUCGAGCGCAGGCAGCAGCGGCGACAAUCACACGAGGGAGGAAGGGAGUUGGCCGGAGGCGAAGAGGAGGGACAGGAAAGGGGAAAGGAAGAGGACCGUGAGGAAGGGGGAGCGGGUGCUGCCAUCACCGCCGCCGCCGCCUCUCGAUGUUCCGCUUCUGGUGCCGCUGCCAUCAAGUCCCUCCGGAGGAGGGUUGCGGCCGCGAAGGUCCGACUCGAAGAGAAGGCGGUGGUAGCCGACGCAAUCGUGGCCCUGGAAGCGUCACUUCGAGAGUUGCAGGAGGCGGCAUCGUCCGGGGUGGGGGCGAUAGCUUCCUUUGAGACAUUGGACAGCCGUAUAGGUUAGAAGCCUCGCGUUCGUUUUGCGCA